AGGACGUCUUGUUCUCCCUGGUGCUCCAGUUGUUCAACAUCUGCCUCUGCUUAUCCAAGUUGAUGUACUCAGCGUGUCUUCACACCAUUUUUCUUCUUGCUGUAGCUGAUUUAUUUUUCUUAAGCUCUUGUAUGUAACUCUUGCUGUGGUUACAACUUAUUUAUAAGCUCUUAUAACUCAUACUUUGUCCUCGUCCCAUCUAGUACUCAGCUUCAUCCGACCAUUCUUUCUCUUUUGAUGUUCUUACUUCACUGCAAUUACUAAAUACUACUGGUUGUUCCGUAUAACUCAGCUUCAACAUCCACGGACCAUUCUGUGUACCAUUCUUCUUUGUGCCAGUCUUCGUUGUAGUUUUUUUCGUCUUGUGCGUGGGAUAGACAAAGACAAAAGAUGCAGGUGCAGGCCCAUCAUCUCGAUGAAGAGGAAUUGCCGCGAGGCGCCAUAUGCUGUUGGAAUCCAGAUAAUCAGAGCGGAUGCUGCGGAUGCGAUAAAAGUGUGGAACCCUCGUUUAAGGCUUAAGUAAUUCCUCGUUGACUAGUUUUCUAUGACUAGCUUUCUUUUUUAUGCUACGAUGAUGUUGAAGAUGACUACCAACCUAGUGAAUGUUGUUGCUCAGGUAUCUUGAUAAGUGAACAUGCCAACGCCGAAACCACUAAGCCAACUGCGCAGUUGGCUUAGUGGUUUCGGCGUUGGCCUGUUCACUUAUCAUAUCUUUUUCUAUAUAUAGGUUGUGAUUGAUUUGAGUGGUGGUGUACCACGGUAAAUAAAUUGAAUUGACUGAAUAAUAAUUUAUUCUACUAGAAGUCCUGAUCUAGAGCAAGUUAGUUCUCGGUCCUCUUACUGAAGUCCUCUUACUGAAGAUUACUCUAAUUUGAACUUGCCGAGAUGGUGUUGUGCGGAAUGCGUGUACCCAAACUACGUGGGUUGCAACACUUUUGCUAUCGUCUGUAUUUUAUUUUUUGCGCUGCCCUCUCACUCAUAUUUAUGGUUUACAACAACUUUGAUUUUAUAUAUAUAUUAGAAUGGAAGAUGAAGGACUUUACAAGAAUAAUGAUUUUGAUUACUUUCUUACUUGUUGGAUACUUACUUUAUUGUUUACCAAUUCUAGUCCUACCACUUCUACGAUGUAAUUCAUUGAAUCCACGCUACGACAAUCAUUGUGAUGAAACCACUUCUACCGCAUGACCUUGACAGUGGUGGUCUUCACACUGAUCCCUUUUGGCGCACUUAUCCCACGCAUCUACGUUGCCUGCAUCUGGAAAGUUCCGCUUUGGGGAAUCCAUUAUCACCGAAAAAUGAUCGCCGUCGUCGGACCGCCCAUGAUGGUGCAACAACAGCCGGGAAUGUUAAGGCAUCUUCGGACAUCUUCUGAUUCCAUCCGACUCCUGCCCUUCUUACCUACCUUAUCCUACUGUAGUCCCACAUCGGUCCUCCUGAUGGACAUCUUGGUCAGUAGAUGGUCCAGGAGAGACGUUUUCAAGCGGAAAACGGAUCCAGGAUGGUCCUCAGGAGAGAUAUGGGUGAGCUCUAAGAAUGGUGAUGCAGCAACAGCCGGGAAUGGUGAUGCAGCAACAACCGGGAAUGGUGAUGCAGCAACAGCCGGAGAUGGUGAUGCAACAAGAACAACAGCAGCCAUAUUACGGCGCAACUACUCAGUGAGACUGACAAUCUUCUAAGAAAGUCGCCGUUGGCUUAAAGCACAUAAAUUGGAAAACUGACCGGUUAGACUAGGUUUACCCCAACACAAAAUCACAAUCUUUCAAAGUUGUCGUGGCUCCUGUCAGCCAUUGAGCACGCUUAAUAUACCAGAGUUUAGGAUCAAAAUGUUGCAGUUAUGAAUUUAAGUAUAGAAGAUGGCAGUGGCAGCGGUUGAGAUGUGAAGUGACAUACAACAUAAUUAAAGAUAUAAAAAUUGAUGACAAAAUUCUUGUAAUAAUUGACCACCACCAUAAUUAAUGAUAUUAUUGAUGUACGACGACCGGCGGGUAGUACCCACGCAAGAAAAGAUACAGAAUUGCAAUUAAUGAUCAGCUCAACAUGGAAAUAAAAAUAAUAUGUACUCAGAAGAAGAAAUCAUAUUUUUUAUUCGAUGUAGAGUAGAAUCACCCAUAACCUAACUUAGGUUAACGCACUUGAUAAUUAUUUCACGACAAGAACAUCAGCCUAGGACCUCCAUUUCACGACAUUCAGCCAGUAUUGUUGGAAUAGAAAGCCGAAUACGCUGUGGGUCUUGGGCUUUGUCUCCAAAUUUUUAGGUGAU